AUAGCAGGAGCAGCAACAGAAGGCGUCGGAGCGGGCGUCGGAGCUGCCCGGUAGGGGAGAGAGAGAGUGGAAAGAGAAAGAGGGCGAGAAGGAGAGGGAGCCAGAGGCGAAAAAGUAACUGUCAAAUGCGCGGCUCCUUUAACCGGAGCGCUCAGUCCGGCUCCGAGAGUCAUGGCGACCGCAGCGUCUAACCACUACAGCCUGCUCACCUCCAGCGCCUCCAUCGUGCACGCCGAGCCGCCCGGCGGCAUGCAGCAAGGCGCCGGGGGCUACCGCGAGGCGCAGAGCCUGGUGCAGGGCGACUACGGCGCGCUGCAGAGCAACGGGCACCCACUCAGCCACGCUCACCAGUGGAUCACCGCGCUGUCCCACGGCGGUGGCGGCGGCGGCGGGGGCGGCGGCGGCGGGGGCGGGGGCGGCGGCGGGGGCGGCAGCGACGGCUCCCCUUGGUCCACCAGCCCCCUGGGCCAGCCGGACAUCAAGCCCUCAGUGGUGGUGCAGCAGGGCGGCCGCGGCGACGAGCUGCACGGGCCAGGCGCCCUGCAGCAGCAGCACCAGCAGCAGCAACAGCAGCAGCAACAGCAACAGCAGCAACAGCAGCAGCAGCAGCAGCAGCAACGGCCGCCGCAUCUGGUGCACCACGCUGCCAACCACCACCCCGGGCCCGGGGCAUGGAGGAGCGCGGCGGCUGCAGCGCACCUCCCACCCUCCAUGGGAGCGUCCAACGGUGGCUUGCUCUACUCACAGCCCAGCUUCACCGUGAACGGCAUGCUGGGCGCCGGCGGGCAGCCGACAGGGCUGCACCACCACGGCCUGCGGGACGCGCACGACGAGCCACAUCAUACCGACCACCACCCGCACCCUCACUCUCACCCACACCAGCAGCCACCGCCGCCGCCGCCCCCACAGGGCCCGCCAGGCCACCCAGGCGCGCACCACGACCCGCACUCGGACGAGGACACGCCGACCUCGGACGACCUGGAGCAGUUCGCCAAGCAGUUCAAACAGAGGCGGAUCAAACUGGGAUUUACCCAAGCAGACGUGGGGCUGGCGCUGGGCACCCUGUACGGCAACGUGUUCUCGCAGACCACCAUCUGCAGGUUUGAGGCCCUGCAGCUGAGCUUCAAGAACAUGUGCAAGCUGAAGCCUUUGUUGAACAAGUGGUUGGAAGAGGCAGACUCAUCCUCGGGCAGCCCCACAAGCAUAGACAAGAUCGCAGCGCAGGGGCGCAAGCGGAAAAAGCGGACCUCCAUCGAGGUGAGCGUCAAGGGGGCUCUGGAGAGCCAUUUCCUCAAAUGCCCCAAGCCCUCGGCCCAGGAGAUCACCUCCCUCGCGGACAGCUUACAGCUGGAGAAGGAGGUGGUGAGAGUUUGGUUUUGUAACAGGAGACAGAAAGAGAAAAGGAUGACCCCUCCCGGAGGGACUCUGCCGGGCGCCGAGGAUGUGUACGGGGGGAGUAGGGACACGCCACCACACCACGGGGUGCAGACGCCCGUCCAGUGAACUCGAGCUGGGGGGGAGGGGCAGAGCGCGGGGCUCCCCCUCCCCUUCGGCCCAAGGUCCUUUCCGGACCCCUGUUCCCUCUCUAACUUUUGAUUGUUCUUUUUAUUUUUAAUUAUUAUUUCCCCGUCCCUUAAAAAGAAAAAAAAAUAAGGAAAAAGGAAAGCAACUAAGACACUGGACUAUCCUAUAAAAGAUAGCAGGUGUAAUGAUGUGUUUUGACCUUUACAGGCGAGUACCCAGGCAAUGAAGUAGAGUGUCUCCUAGAGAGAGUGAGAAGAGUGUGUGUUUGUGUGCGUGAAAGAGAGAAAGAGAGGUGGCAAGCACUGAGAUAAAUACCUGGCAAAACUAAAUAAAUUACCAAAAAGAAAAAGAAACCCACCAAACCAUGAUAAACACAAAACUGCAGCUCCCUCAUGCUUGAUGCUUGGAGUUGGGACAUGCUGCUGUGUUUAUUUAAUGUGGAUUCCCAUCAGGAAAGAGGAAAAAAAUCACACAUUCUUUGAUAUAGGCAAAAUUUAACCACAUAAAUUUGCACUGCAAGAAAAUUGAAGUUUACAUGAACAAAUUCAUAAACAUAUUUUUUCUUUUAAUCCCCAUGGUUAAUUUUGGAAUUGCCGUUUUGGUUUGGUUUUGCUUUGCUUUGCUUACUCAGUAGAGAGAAUUGAAGCCAGUUCUUGGCCGCUCUCCAUUUCUAGUUCUUGUAUUGCCCCUUCUUACUGUUUGUGAAGUUUGAUUACCUUCAUAUUCCCUUUGAAUUGAUGUAACAUUUAUUUGUUCUUUUUACCAAAGCAAAAUGAUUGAAUUCAUACAAAAGAAAAAAAAAACCUAAUUGCUUGCUUUGGGGAAAUGUGUAUGGUCUACACACUUUAUCCAAGGCAAGACUCUAGUUUAGAAUAUAAAAAUAAGAGUCAAGCAUUGGUUUUCUUACCACCCACAAAGUAAACUUCAUUUUCAGGCAGUGUUUCUGGGGGAGGUUAUACAGGGGAGAAAAAGAAAAAUCAAUAGUGAGUGACUGAUUGCUUCAUUUUAUCAGGCGGGCCCAUUGUGAAAGAGCUCAAAGGAAACGUGGAGGUUAAAUAUAUUUCCAGAGUUGUCCAACAGAAAGAAAGUGGCACUUUGAAGAGAGCUAAGUGAAUAUAUAUCUUCAGCUACCCCCAUAUAGUUCUCUGCUUUUAGUUUUAAUAACUUAAUUAUGAGAAAUUAUUUGUGCUGACUGCAGCAACUAAACUUUGUUCCUCAAAUUGUCUUUUUUUUUAAGCAUAAAUAACAUAACCCAGGAACUCAAUGCUGUAUGCACAUACCGUGUUUCUUAGCACACAAAUACCCAUAUGCAUACAUAGACCAUAGACUGGAUUUGUCCUCACUAGUUCAUUUGUUUAUCAGUCAUAUUUAGGGGUCCCAGAUCUUCUUUCCCUCUAACUUAUCACAGAAAAUACCAAUUUCACUUGGACUGCUCCUCCCUUCAAUAAGGAAGCUAAAUGAAGUGAAAAUAAAAUGCCAUUUUCAAUCCUUCCUCUCUCCCCUUUGUUAAUAGUUUUAAGUGCAUUUUUUUUUUUUUACCUUAUCUUGAUGGAAAACAGUUAACUCCCAACACAAAAAAACUCUACUGGAAAGUGUAGGUGAAAACAAACAAACAAACUUGUAACUGUAUUGAAAAUAAAUACCAUUAAACUGUGAUCAGUUAAAAUUUUAAAAAUAAUAAUCAGCACAAAAGGGCGCUAAAAGGGAAGACACUUUUUAUUAACCUUAAAAGUUUGGGGCUUUUUUUCCUGGCUAGGAGUAGAUAAAUGUUUAUUUUAAAAGUUGAAUUUUCACUACAUAAAAUUAUGGUUCAGCAUCAGAUUAGUAUUGCACUCAGUAGUUAAGGUUUUAGAAAAUAUGCUUUAUACAGUAUUGUCUUUCCAAACACCUGUGAUUGUUUCAUUUUCAAUGUUUUUGCAAGAUAAAUGGUGACUUAUAAUGGGCAUAUUCAUUUGCCUGUAUUUCAUUUCCCCCAAUGAAUGUCACAAGUAGAUGGGCACCGGAGCUGCUUCGGGUACAUCACUCUGCUUGUUCCUGAGGUGUGGGGACUGGCCUUCAGUGAAGCAAUCCAGAGCAGGGCAGAGAGCUAAUGGUAAAGGGAGGAAAUGAAUUUUCAGAUACUUAUUACCAAGUAGGUAAGGUCAGAAGCUGGAGUUCAGGGGAUGUUUCUACAGUUCCUCUAGCUCUCAUAGGUUUACUAAGAUGAAAGUUACCACUGAACCUUACCACAAUGUAUAUAUGUUUAAUAUCUGUCUUUUGAAAUGCAGAAAUAGUUUAAAUGUUUCUUUGUCUAUUUUUCUUUUUUUUUUAAUGCUACCCAGGGAAAUAUUUUCAUAUCAUUUUUAAGUGGCCUGCCUCAAUGUAUAUUUAUUUCUUUUGAAGCAAAAAGGUUCUGGAAACUGUUUUUCUGUAGCUUUAAAUGAGUAGGUGAGCAAAAUCUAUAUGGGAUGUAAUUUUUUUGUUCAGUCUCUUUAAAAAUACUUUGUUUUGGUACAUUUGGUUGUGCUUGUGGGGAAAAUAAAAGCGCAGAGAUCCUUAUAUAUUUAUGUUAAAGUAAUAUUUUAUUAUUACAUAAAACAGAAAUGCACAAUACCUUCAUAGUUUGUUCUAAUUAUUGAAAUAUCUUUAUUUUAUUUUUAAAGAUAGUGCCAAGUUUUAAGGGAAAAAAAAAAAAAACCUUUAGACCUUAUACUGACUGAGUUGAGUUGUGUGUAAAACACCUCCCUUCCUUUAUACUUCAUGAAGUUUUGGAAUAAAUUUUAUGCAUAUACUGCCAGGUUUCAUGUUUAUAACUUUCAGAAGCUUUUUUUUUUUUUUUAAAAUGAAGACUACUGUUCUGAUUUACUUUUCUUUGCAGAACUAUCAUCAGUUCCAAACCUUUCAGUCACUGUGCCUGUAGCAUUAAAUUGAAAUGGUCACUGGAUUUGAGCUUCAAUUUGUUUGCCAUUUCAUGGUCUGACAAAGAGAUGUUUGCCCUGUAAAUAUAUGCAGAUAUUACUGCAUUUUCUUUCCAGGUUAGGUAUACCUUAUCCAAUUGGGCUGUUGAGGGAACAUCAACUGAACUACAUAAUUCAGGAUCUGCAGAAAAGCAGGGCUUAGUUAGAAGAUUAUUCCUCUUAAUAACUAACAAAUAUCUUUCAACAAAGAAUAACUCGGACAAUAUGCUAUGUGCGUGUUUACCAAAUGAUUAGAAGUAGAUUCUAUAUAUUAUUAAUGUUAGGUUUACAGGAAAAGAUAGAUUUUGCAGUGGUCUAUACUUUAGUGUCUGUUUCUUAUCAAACAAACGGGCUCUAAAAUAAGAAGCAGGGGGCAUGUAUGGGAGAAAUUAAGCCAUAAUGCUAACAGAUUCUUUCAUUCUUAGAACACUAUCGUUUUUUUAAAAAAAUCAGUUUUAAGCUUAGUGAGAAUUCCAAGCAGACUUGAGUUAGUUUACAAGUUUGUUGAUGUAUUUAAACUCCUCCUUGGAACAUUGGUUUAAGUAUAAAUGUUCAUUUAGAAAGGUAGUUUCUGGGCUUAUUACAUCUGAUCAUCUUUUCUAACUCCUAGUCAAUAUUACAUGGGUCCCAAACAGAUUCAGCCAAAUGAUCUUAUCAAUAGUCUGAACAAGAAGUGACAGAAAGAAGAAGUGUUUUGUGACCGCAGACAUGCUGAUGGGUAAAAUGUUUAAGUUGGAUAUAGAUUUGAGUUCUGGGUCAAUAUCCCUUCACUGUAGGCAGAAAACAAGCAGCAUCUGCCCUCUGCAGGGCAUUUCAGUGGACCUUGAGAAGGAAUUUUUGCUCUUAACCACAGGGGCUACUCCUGGAAAACAUCACAUGUUAAGCGGACACAUCAUGGUCUUGACCCAGGCUUGCCAUUCAGAUCCUAAAGCUACUAGGGUAGUUUCCAUGCCAGUUAGGGAAGGUAUUACACCUAUGGUGAAAAACUAUCAUGGCCACUGGGAGAAAUCUGUAGGGCAUUCAUUCCUAGGAUGUGGGCUUAGCCACAACGACGUACCCUUUCUUUCUCCUAAAGACAAUAAUGCAGAAUAUAGCCAUCCUGAUAGAACUCUUAUGUUUCUUUAAAAUAUGUCACUUUUUAGAUUUAUAAUAUAAGAUAGGGGGAAAUGAUCAUGUGGGAAAGAGUUAUGUGAAGGUCAGAUGGAGGGAAUGGCCACAAAUAAUAUUAUGCUUGGCAUUUCUAAACAUUCUCGGUUCCCACGAAGUAACCUCCUUUAUAUUUCAGAUGGCAGCAACAAAAGCACUCUUCUCCUUUCCCUCCUGCUCCUACCAAGGGAGGUCACACACUGGUUGGCAAAAUUUUCUGGUAAAAUAAUUUUGAUAAAAGCACUCAUCUUUCUACUUAUUUCUUCAAAAGCAACUAAUAAAGAGAUGCAAAAGCAACAACAAGGGGAUGACAUUUGGGUGCCUUGGUACCCACAUGUGUAUGUCUAUUUGUUGCAUUCACUUACUUGCCUUUUAUUUUUCUUAGUAUGGCAGCAUCUUGGAUAGUGCUGGGGAGUGGGAUGAAAUUACCCUUUUAUCACUCCUUUCUGUGACAUGUCUUUGUGAUUUUUUCAACCAAUUCAUAGAACUCUGUUCUAGAUUCUAUUGAAUUCCUACAGAAGUUAAAGAAUGAGGUAACGAAUGGAGCUUGUACAGAAAGAGAAAGGAUGGUGAAGUGAGGGUUUCUUUGGGUCUGCUUGUAUAUUUUAGUGGAUAAGGCAAAGGGACAGUGUUUAUCUAAAAUGAAAGAGAAAGAAGCAUAUUGAAGUACUAUGAAUCUUAACGAUAUGAUGAAAUGGGAUGUACAGCUAAAUUUUAUAUAAAUAUUUUCCCUAUUCAGGAAAGUUUACUUUUUCAAUGAUGCAUAGCCUCUUAACAGGGGACAGAUGGUAGCAGCAGAGAACCAGGGCUUCUGAUACCUAUUCCCACUACUUGAUUCGGGAUGGAAAACAAUGUAAAAGUGGCAGGGACCUGCCAUCCAGUUAGCAAAUCAAAGAAUCAACUGGCCCAUAUUUGCAGAACUUGGGCUAGUGUUAUUUUAAUGCCCCCUUACCCAGAGAGGAGUAUGGGAUUGCCAGAAAAUGGCUUUUUAGUUUUCUUUAAGGCUUUGCUUGGUUAUGGAGUAAAGAAACAGAAUAUUUUCACAUUGUUCUGGUGUUUGGUGGGAAGCUAGGAAAUUUGUUUCCUCCUCUUUUAUAAAAAAUAAAGAAAAGAAAAGUUAAUUAACUUUAUCAUGUAAUACCUUUCCUUUACCUUAAUAACACCUCUGCAAUAACGCCUCCGCUUGGCUUAGCUCUUAGAGGUUUUAGAAACAGUAUCAUACAUGUCCCAUCAAAACAAUCCUGGUCUCUUAUUGUUCCUAGAAUUCUGAUUGUUGGUAACAUUAAGAUGUAUUUCCCUUUUUAAAAAAAAAUGUCUGAAAUGUUAUUUAAUACACCAGUAAAAGUGCAUCUAUAUCUUAAAGUUUAUUCCUUCCAUGUCUUUUUGAGUUUUUAUAGCUCUUUGUCUGGAAUUGGGGAGGGGGGGCGACUUCCAUAUGCGGCUUGUGCACGAAGAGCUUGGGCUCUGAAAGGGUCUGUAGUUGGCGGCAAACAGCCCUCUGCUCUUAGAAUGGGGAGUUGUCAUCCAGGAGAGAGAGAGAGAGAGAGAGAGAGAG